UACGGCAGGUCCUUUCUCGGGGUACGUUUCGCACGGCGAGGACCAUCGCUAACAGCAACGAUGGCCCUGUACAACUUCAAGAAGAUUAUGGUGGUUCCCACCGCAAAGGACUUCAUAGACAUUACAUUAUCGAAAACGCAAAGGAAGACUCCCACCGUCAUACACAAGCACUAUCAGAUCCACCGAAUCAGGCAUUUUUACAUGAGAAAAGUGAAAUUCACACAGCAGAACUACCAUGAUCGCCUCACUCAGAUCCUGACAGACUUCCCAAAACUGGACGAUAUCCACCCAUUUUAUGCGGAUUUGAUGAACGUUUUGUACGACAAAGACCACUACAAGCUGGCUUUGGGGCAGAUAAACAUAGCAAAGAACCUAAUUGACAAUGUUGCCAAGGACUACGUCCGCCUGAUGAAGUACGGCGACUCUCUGUACCGCUGCAAGCAGCUGAAGAGGGCAGCCCUGGGCCGCAUGUGCACCAUUCUCAAGAGGCAGAAGCAGAGCCUGGAAUACCUGGAGCAGGUGCGUCAGCAUCUCUCCCGUCUGCCGACCAUCGAUCCCAACACCAGGACCCUGCUGCUGUGUGGAUAUCCCAACGUGGGCAAGUCCAGCUUCAUCAACAAGAUCACCAGAGCGGACGUUGAGGUUCAGCCGUAUGCCUUCACCACAAAGUCCCUGUUUGUCGGCCACAUGGACUACAAGUACCUUCGCUGGCAGGUGGUGGACACCCCGGGGAUCCUGGACCACCCGCUGGAGGAGCGGAACACCAUCGAGAUGCAGGCCAUCACGGCGCUGGCCCACCUGCGUUCGGCCGUGCUGUACGUCAUGGACGUGUCCGAGCAGUGCGGCCACACCCUGCAGCAGCAGCUGGAGCUCUUCAACAACAUCAAGCCGCUGUUCGCCAACAAGCCUCUGAUAGUUGUGGCCAACAAGAGCGACGUGAAGAAGAUCAGCGAGCUGUCCGAGGAGAACCAGAAAAUAUUCGCAGACAUCGCUGCCGAGGGCAUUUCUGUCAUUGAGACCAGCACGCUGACGGAGGAGGGAGUGAUGCAGGUCAAAACAGAGGCCUGUGAUAAGCUGCUGACUCAUCGCGUCGAAACCAAGAUGAGAGGCAAGAAGGUGCAUGAUGUUCUCAAUCGGCUGCACCUGGCUGUACCUGCCAAGAGAGAUGAGAAGGAAAGACCAGCUUUCAUUCCAGAAGGGGCUUUGACUCGCAGGAAGGCCAUGGAUGUGGACGUGCCGAAGAAGAAGCUGGAGAGAGACCUGGAGAUGGAGCUGGGUGACGAUUACAUCCUGGACCUCCAGAAAUACUGGGACCUGAUGAAUGAGGAGGAGAAGACCGACAAGAUCCCCGAAAUCUGGGAGGGCCACAACAUCUCCGAUUACAUCGACCCCGAAAUAAUGAAGAAACUGGAGGAGCUGGAGAAGGAGGAGGACCUGAAGGAGCGGGCGGGAGAGUACGACUCGGACGAGGAGAGUGAGGACGAGGAGAUGCAGGAGAUCCGGCAGCUGGCCAAGCAGAUCCGCGAGAAGAAGAAGCUGAAGACCAUCGCGUCCCGAGAGAAGGAUGUGCAGGGACCAAGAAUGCCCCGCACCGCCAAAAAGGUUGAGAGGAAGACUCUGGAGAAGGAGAUGGGGGAGCUGGGGCUGGACAUGAACGACAAGGACGAUAGUCAUUACGCCACCCAGGCACGCAGGUCCAGGAGCGUCGCCAGGAAGCGCAAGCGGGAGGCGUCCCAGGCCCCCACGUCCCGAACCCGCAGCCAGAGCGCCUCUCGCCCCCCGCGGGAUGUGUCUGGCAUCCGCGAUGCAAAGAUGAUGAAGAAGGUGAAGACGAUGAUGAAGAGCUCGCAGAAGGGCAUGAAUCGCAUGGGCAAGAAGGGUGAAGCAGACAGGCACAUUUUCGACCUCAAACCCAAACACCUCCUGGCCGGCAAGAGGAAGUCUGGCACAACCGACCGUAGAUAAGACGCCUCGGUGUGGAGGAAGCGAUGUCGGCCUCGCCGUCCACUCCGUCGUUCUGCGUUCUGCCGAAGAGACAGUCUUACACGCCUAGUUAUGAUCACAAACUUACACCCUCCUCCUUCCCCUCCUCUGUCUUUCUCUCUGAAAACGGUCUCCCCAGUAAUGUGUUCGGUGGUGAACUAAUUGUCACAGACCGAAAGUAAAAGUCUUGAGCAGAUAUAUACUAAAAGGUCAUGUAAAUGGAAAGGACUUGGUCUACCUUGUAGAAGUGGACCUCACUUCAGCCAUUUGGAUUUUUUCCCCAGGCUGGAUUUGUUGGCAGGUGCUGCUACUGCAGACACAGUUUGAGAAGCCAAACGUAACCUCUCUCAUAGUCAGAGAGUUGUCCUGUGAUUAGUAAUGCAGAGGAGUUUCUCAGUAUGUUAGUAUUUUUGGAUUGAUUUUUGGAUACUGUAUGAAUAGCAACACAUGGGAUAAGCUUGUCAUGGCUUUGCUGUAUGCUGCCUGGCACGCCCAUAUCUUUUACUGCUUUAAUCCAGCAGAGAUUUCACCAUGAUCCCGUUCACCAUGAUCCCGUUCUCAAUGCCUUACAUUUGUGGGUGGAAAUGUCAUUCGUAUGAGUAAGACCUAUUCAUGGAUGUCCAGAGAUGGGACUUCUGUUGUCUGAAGAAAUUGCUUCUUGAAGUUGUUAGUAAUUCACAAUGGACUGUUACCCCACAGUGGUAAAUAUUAAAAUUAUAUUAACGGUA